AGGCGAGAGGCCUUCGGGGAAGAACCUCCAAACGCUUUAAAAGUCUCUUCUUAAUCAUCUGAAGAUGUUUGUGUUCUACCUGAGCAGGUAGAACAAAACCCACGUUGUUAUUAGUGAAACAAAUGAUUAUAGCAGCAUAUGGAGAUACGAAGUCCUCACAGCUGGAUCUUCACCUCUUAAGGCUUUGAUCGUAUUCCAGUUCAUCGUCAUGGUUCUUUGACCCAGAAAAAAGGCGCCGUGUAGAAUAAGUGUGAAAGUGGGUCGACCUGCGUGUGGUUCAGAGAGGCGGAUCAAAGGGGAACGCGGGCGGUGACAUCAUCGGAGGGGGCGUCGCACAGCGGGAUAAAGGUCGGGGCUCCAGCCGACGUCUGGCAGAACACCAGCGAAGAAGAAGAGGACCACCAGCAGAGGACACAUCUGCAACUUCUCACCUGAACCUCCAGCGGAGCCGGAGAGCCUGCAGAAAGAUCUCAAGUGAAGAUCCGAAUCCACUUUUAUUAUUCUGAACGAACAGACGUCCAACGCGGCAGCAUGUCGACGACAGCAAACUGCUCCAGAGUAACGGCUGUCUGUGUGAUGACGAUGAUGAUGAUGAUGAUGGCGACGGAGGCCAUGCCCAAAGCAGGAGGCCAGUCGAGGCACAGGAAGCUGGAGACCGUCCCCCUGCAGCUGGACCCCGGCGCCGUGGCUCCUCCCACACACACCCGGGCGCUGCAGAACGCCUCUCUGUCGCCGUGGACAUACAACGUCUCCCGGGACGACGCCCUGUUCCCCCCCCUGCUGUCCGAGGCGCGCUGCCUGCUGCGAGGCUGCCUGGACCCGGAGGGCCGCGAGGACCUGAGCCUGGAGUCCAGACCCAUCCUGCACCAGACGCUGGUCCUGCGCCGGGUCAAGGCCGAGGGGGCGGGGCACAGCUACCACUACCGGCUGGAGUCCCGCCUCCUCGCCGUGGGCUGCACCUGCGUCCGACCCGUCAUCCGGCACCAAGAGUGAUCGGGCCGCCAGGUGAGAUUUAAUGAGUGGGAUCCUGCGUGGAGCAAACGUCUAUAAAACGUAUCAUCAUCAUUAUUGUUUAAUAGAAAAAAGGUUUGAAAUGGUUU